UCCUGUGUAACGUUACUUGUGAGAAUAUUGCAUCAGAAUAUUGAAAUGGCAGUGUAACGCCCCAUUUAGAUUUUAAUAAAACCUACCGAGCUUAUCUGAAGAGACGAGAAAUCUGCAGCGACAGAGAACGCAAGCAGCUCAAGCAGCUCACGCAACAAAUCGCAGCUGCAGUUUCACUAGUGAGAGACGAUAACGACGGUGACCAUUUGAACGGACUCUUUCCAGCAGCCUAUUUUCUUUAUUCUUCUUCUUCUUAUUAUUAUUAUUAUUAUUGUUAAUUGGAGGCAUGACAGAAGGCAAAAACAUGAUAGAAAACGAAGCUGGCGCAAAUAAGAACAUUGUGACUGAUGAAGCUGACGGAAAGACAGAGACGAAACCGCUCAAUGUACCUGCCGAGAUGAAGGAGAACGGGGACAGCAAAGCCAUCACGGAGAAAGUGUCCGAAACCGUUGCUGAAAAAGAGUUCGAACCGCCGGAGGGAGGAUGGGGAUGGGUUGUCAUGUUGGCGGCGAUGUGGUGCAAUGGAUCAGUAUUCGGCAUCCAGAACGCCUUCGGCAUCUUAUUCAUGUACCUGCUGAAAGAGUUCGGUUCAGAGGAUGACAAAGAUCUUCAAUUCAAAACAUCAUGGGUGGGCUCCCUCUCCAUGGGAAUGAUCUUCUUCUGCUCGCCCAUCGUCAGCGUGGUCACAGACAUGCUGGGCUGCAGGAUAACAGCCAUAGGAGGCGCAGCUGUGGCCUUAGUUGGGCUGCUGGCCAGUUCCUUUGUCAAGUCUCUGGGGCCCAUGUACUUCACCUACGGCAUCGUGUUUGCCUGCGGCUGCUCGUUCGCCUACCAGCCCAGCCUGGUCAUCCUGGGCCACUACUUCAAGAAGCGGCUGGGCCUGGUGAACGGCAUCGUGACGGCGGGCAGCAGCGUCUUCACCAUCACGCUGCCCUUCCUGCUGAAGGUGCUGCUGGAGCGCGUGGGCCUGCAGAACACCCUGCGCCUGCUCAGCAUCUUCAUGUUCCUGCUCAUGCUGGCCGGCUUCACCUACCGGCCCCUGCUGCCGCCCACCAGCAGCAAGAAGACGGGCCUCAGCAAGGUCUUCAACGUCAACAUCUGGAAGUCGCUGGGCUACCGCAUCUGGGCCUUCGGCAUCCCCGCUGCCCUCUAUGGCUACUUUGUGCCUUAUGUUCACCUGAUGAAGCACGUGGAGGAGCGAUUUGGCCCGGACGCCAACAAGGAAGUCCUGCUCAUGUGCAUUGGCAUCACUUCCGCUGUGGGCCGUCUCAUUUUCGGCAGGGUGGCUGACUAUGUGCCGGGGGUCAACAAAGUGUACCUGCAGGUGGCGUCGUUCCUGGUGAUCGGCCUGAUGUCCAUGAUGAUCCCGCUCUGCACGGUGUUCGGCGGCCUGAUCGCCGUGUGCCUGCUCAUGGGGCUGUUUGACGGCUGCUUCAUCUGCAUCAUGGCGCCCAUCGCCUUCGAGCUGGUGGGCCCGCAGGACGUGUCCCAGGCCAUCGGCUUCCUGCUGGGCAUGAUGUCCGUGCCCAUGACCGUAGGGCCACCCAUCGCAGGUUACCUGAGGGACCGGCUGUUGAGCUACGACGUGGCCUUCUACCUGGCAGGUAUCCCGCCCCUCAUCGGCGGGGCCAUGCUGUGCCUGAUCCCCUGGGUGGAGCGCCGGCGCAAGCUCCGCCUGGCCAAGGAGGCCAAGGAGAGUCCGCAGAAGAUGCUGGAGAAGAGCAGCAGCAGCAGCGGAGCCCAGGGAGAGCCCGAGUCUGUCAUCUAAUGCACGUCUGUGUUACGCCAAGAAAUCACACACACACGGACACACACUAACAUUAUAUACAUACACAUACGUACAUACAUGCGUAUAUGUGUGUUUGAUUAUGUAUAUGUAUGUAUAUAUAGACACGGGGCAUUCUUAAGAGUGAAAGGCUGUAUGGUUUUAUAUAGUGCCAAGCAUGAGUGAUUUGUGUUUACCAGUGUAUGCCUACUCAGUGUAUUUGAGGGAGGAAGGAACGUCUUCAAGCACCGAAACAUAUCAACGAAAAAAGCCGAAGUGUGCAUUGUUAAUAAUGAAUGUGAUCUUUGUGAGCUAUGCAUAGGACCGCGGUUUUCUAUCAAUCUUCCAGCUGUCGAAUGACCUUGACGUUGUAAGUUGGAAAUGAGGAAAACUUGAAUUUUUUUACAAGGGAAAAAUACAUUCUUUACCAAGGUGCUUUUAAAUGUUUAACAAGCGCUUAUCUGACCAUGGAAAUGGCACGUCCUUGGCUGAGAAGCAUUGGCCUUUGAGUUGUAUGAGGUAGAUAAUGCUGUAACUGGCACGAGCCUCGCUUUACUUUCUAUAUUUAAUGAAUUUUAGUAUCCCUAAAUGUCAUUUUUACAAAAUAGUGCAUGCUUAAGUUUUUCUAAAAAAAAAAAAAGCUUUAAAUUGACUUAAAAAUGUAGCCAAAGAAAUUGACAAGGUAUAUAUCUAUACUUAAAUAUCUUUGUGAUGUUUUUCAUAUAAUAUUCAUGCAAUAUUAUUAUAUUUUGGCGAUGAAGUCUAUUUUAUGAAUAGCCAUUACCUAAGGAAUGAGUAGUAUGUUAUUUUCUUAAGGAACAGGAAUGAAUUAAUGCUGCGAUGGACCCCGCCCAUGUGAAUGUAUCGGUGACUAAGUAAUAGUAGACAGACUGUCACUUCAAAGAAGUGUUUUAUUCCUAGAGAUGGUGUUGGGGAGAUCUUAGUUUUAAAAGUUCUGUAUCACAUUGAAGCACAAUAACUGAUACAUGCAACAUGCCUUGAGAGAUUCCAUCUCCCACAAAAGCUUCAUUCUGGGCCAAAUGACCGUCGUUGCACAUAUGUUGUCUAAGAUGCUGGAGGGUGGGCAAAAUGACUUGCUCAGCCACUGCAUACCAGUGCUGUCAGUACUUGAGACAUGGUUGAUUUCAAGCCCACUUUUGUGUUGCGUAACACCAAAUAUUUGCCACCAUUUUUAUGUGCUGAUUACCAAAUUGUAUUUACUGACCGUAUGCAACAUCAAUGUUACAUGUUAGUCGAUCAUUUCAGGAAGUUAACAAAUGAAAUAUUCAAUCAUUGUAUCCAUUUGUUUUCCCAGUUUCCUUCCUUUUUGUAAUUAUUAGAACAGUAGUUUCAGCAGAUUUGAAACAAAAUAGUAUUCUAAUAUUCUGUUGCCAUCAUAUACUAUUUCUCAGUAUAUAGCCAUAUAGACAGAUAGACAAUGGAUCAAGUUCAACAGAUCCUUGCAGUCACUCUCCUUAAUCUACUGGUAGCACAACACCCCUCAGCAUCUCAGCACCAAGAUCUGGUUUCAAAUGGCAGAUAUACAAUGAAAUGUUUGCAUUGCCUGUACACGGUAGAAUUAUUUAUGUUUGUUUUAUGCAUAUGCAAAACACAUGCCAAUCAUUUUGUUGUGUCAUAAUCUUGUUUGCUUCUACCCAUGAAUGAUUCUUUAUAUACAGUACAUAAUGUUAUGUAGAGGAAGGUAAUAUUUUGCUUGCUAUGCAACAAACUAUACAUAUAUGCAAAGUGUCCAGAAUUUCAGAAAAGUACACUUUUAGUUUUUUUUUGUUGUUUGUUUAGUGUUUUUUAUCAAAAGUACAUGAAGGAAACGUAUUCCAGAAAACUAUAACUGAUAUUGAUAAUGUAUCACCAUGAUCUCCACACAACUUAUUGAGGUAAUAUCACUCAUCCUGCUAGGGUGACAGUCAUUUGCAAAUAAUUUAUUUCCAAAAGAACUAUUGACAAAUUCAGAUACUGGUUUGAUAUUAAUUCAGGACAGAUUUGUAAUACAAUCUACCUCAAUUGAUGUGAUUUUUUUCUUACUUCAUAAGGGAUCUGUUGUGACACACCUGGCGCAUGUAUUCAUUUAGGCGCUUGGUUUGAUUGGUUGACCACUGAAGGUGUGUUCAUACAGCUGUCCUUUUCAUUCAGACUAACAUGGUCACGUUUAUUAAAGGACAUCCUCUUAGUGUUUUUCUUUUUCAGCAGUUUUAAUAUAGGUUUGUUGUAUUCCAUACAAGAUGCAAGUGUUGGCAAACUGCAAAGUACAAACGUUUGUAAAAAAGUAAUGUCAUGUCUCUGCCCUGGCACCAUUAUGUUUGAUUCAAUGUUCCAGUGAACUUCAUUGUCCCUCUUGGAUAGUACUUGUACUUAAUCAUAUUUCAGAAUAUUUCACAUCAUUGUUAUGUUCAGAAUGUGGAUUAUUGUGUCAUACACAUUUGUUUAGCCUGCGCAGAAACAGAAAUGAAUUGAUCUGGGUUUUCUCUGUUGUUUUUGUUUUGUUUUAUGAUUAAAUCAAAAUGCGCAUU